GAGGGCGCCCCCGGCCGGCCCCAGCUGUUGGCACCGCUCUCCUUCCAGAACCCCGUGUACCAGAUGGCGGCUGGCCUGCCACUUUCGCCUCGUGGCCUUGGCGACUCAGGCUCCGAGGGCCACAGCUCCUUGAGCUCCCACAGCAACAGUGAGGAGCUGGCAGCUGCCGCCAAGCUGGGAAGUUUCAGCAGCACCGCCGAGGAGUUGGCACGGCGGCCCGGGGAGCUGGUGCGGCGGCAGAUGUCACUGACUGAGAAGGGCGGGCAGCCCACGGUGCCACGGCAGAACAGUGCCGGCCCCCAGCGGAGGAUCGACCAGCCGCCACCACCACCCCCACCGCCCCCUCCUGCGCCCCGUGGCCGGACGCCACCCACCCUGCUGAGCACCCUGCAGUACCCGCGGCCCUCAAGUGGAACCCUGGCAUCAGCCUCGCCUGAUUGGGCUGGCCCCGGAGCCCGGCUUCGGCAGCCCUCGUCCUCGUCCAAGGGUGACAGCCCGGAGCUGAAGCCUCGUGCAGUGCACAAGCAGGGCCCUUCACCUGUGAGCCCCAAUGCCCUGGACCGCACGGCCGCUUGGCUCUUGACCAUGAACGCGCAGUUAUUAGAAGACGAGGGCCUGGGCCCAGACCCCCCCCACAGGGAUAGGCUAAGGAGUAAGGAGGAGCUCAGCCAAGCAGAAAAGGACCUGGCAGUGCUGCAGGACAAGUUGCGAAUCUCUACCAAGAAGCUGGAGGAGUAUGAGACCCUGUUCAAGUGCCAGGAGGAAACAACACAGAAGCUGGUGCUGGAGUACCAGGCACGGCUGGAAGAGGGUGAGGAGCGGCUGCGGCGGCAGCAGGAGGACAAGGACAUCCAGAUGAAGGGCAUCAUCAGCAGGUUGAUGUCAGUGGAGGAGGAGCUGAAGAAGGACCACGCUGAGAUGCAAGCAGCUGUAGACUCCAAACAGAAGAUCAUUGAUGCCCAGGAGAAGCGCAUCGCCUCACUGGACGCCGCCAACGCCCGCCUCAUGAGCGCCCUGACGCAGCUGAAAGAGAGUAUGCAUUAGAAACAAAAGCCCGCUUGCUCGCUUGCUGGAACACAGGGGCCUUUUAAAUUGAGCGUGCGCACUGCAUGGGAAAUAGCGGCCCUGGAGGAUGUUAGACUUGCUCCCUCUCCAAGACAGCAGCGGCCUGCACCAGGCCCCGUGUGUGCGGCCGGCCUCCUCCUCACCCUUCCCGGGCCCCGGCCGAGGACCCAGGCGCUGCAGACAGGAGAGGGGCACAGCUGGGGCCGGUUUUCCCCAGCUCUAGGCUGUUCUAUGGCUCCUCAGCCCUCCCUGCUCCCCCCACCCGCCCCUUGUGGGACAUAGGUGGGCAGGAGCUUGGGUCUGUCUCGGUCCCUCCCUGUUCCCGCCCCCAGCCCCGGUAAUCUCGGGCGGGAGCCGGGCGUUUGCCCUGCCGCAGAACCAGGGCGGCGGAGCCAGGGCUGGGCGAUUCGCGGGAGCCGCCCUCUCUGCCUCCGCCUCAGCCUCAGGAAGCUGAGGAGACCCUUGGAAAGAGCGCUGAGCCCUUCCCGCCUCUGGGGCCGGAGGCCUGCCGCUGCCAGGGGCCGAGGUCACCACAGAGCCCACCCGGUCAGGGAGUGCGGGAAGGGUGGCCCAGACCACACAGCACCCUGGCCUGGCCUGUGUCCUGGGAGGGGGCUCUUAGAUGCAGCCUGCAGUUCAGUUAGGCCAGAGAUUGGCUGGUGAGGAGAGGGCAGGCCCCCGGCGGUCACAGACCUCAGGAAGGAAGGCCGUGGGGGCUGUGGCCCUGCCCCUACUCGUGGCCACACAGGCAGGGCCCGGCCCCCAGUGAUGUACUCUGGUUCGGUCUCCUCCCCUCCUCCCCCCUACCCCUCUCCCACCGAUGCCUCGAUGCCUCGUAGAGCAACCUUGGACUGAGCGCCUCUUAGCAAUACGGGGGAGGUUCCCGGGGCCCCGGGGCCCGGACAGCAGGGUGCAGGAGGCCAGCGCAGGUCUGGUGCUGGCGGCCCUUGGCGUGGGUUGUGAGCUCUCAGGCCGAGAGCCUUACUUACUUAGUGCAAAAACUGUAAAAGUGUACAGACUCUUCACAGAUUUUUAUCUGAAUUGCAAGUCUGACCAUUUUUGUACAUGUUCUUGGUGUUCGACUGUAAUGUAACUAUUUCACCUAAUGGUUGUACAUAGUCCUUUAGUCCUGGUGCUGCCGAGGGCUGCCCGGGACCGCUGCUCUCCAAUGGUGUGUAUUUUAUUUUUUAAUCUAGAGAACAGUAUUGGGCAGGAGGAAGAGGUUUGGGAUUUGGGUGUUGGGGCUUUUCCGUACCCAGGGCAUGCAGUGUGUGGUCUGGGUGGGGUGCUGGGGGCCUGCGCCCUGACUGGACCAGCAAAGGAGCUCCUGUCCCGGCCUCGCAGACGCUGCGUCCCAGUGUUGGGCCAGUUUGCCGCAGGGCCAGAGGGAGGGGGAGUGAGGGAAGGCAGGCCCUGCUCUGGGAAGAUAAGGCCCCAGGUCCCCGGGGCCCCAGGCCCAGAGUCUGCCGGAGACAGCUCUCCCCUCUGCCAACACAGAGCGGCCUGACUUUUUUUGCUUAACUUGUAUGUUUAGGGUGAAGGAAACUGCCAAACUUUCUAUAAGUGAAGACUUUUUUCCAACUGCCCAGAAAGGGGGGUGGGGGGAACCAAGACCAGAGCUCCACACACCGCCCCCCCGCCCCCCGCCCAUGGAGCAUCUGCCCCGGGGUACGCCUCUCUCCCUGCUGCCCGCCCAUCCGCGGAAGGCAGGCUGUCCAGGGAAACAGCCCCUCUUUUCUAUACCUUUGGCCCCAAAGCCGCCCCCAGCCCCACACCACCUCCUUGCUCCCCCUUUUGUAAGUAUGUGAAAAAGAAAAAAUGCAAACGUUGGAGUCUUGGCUGGAGCUCCUCCUUCCAGCUGUGACUUUUCAUAUGUAAUAAUGUACAGAGAAAGUUGUUGGUGUUCUAAGACUGUGUGGCUGUGCAAUUUCUGUACAUUUGCAAUUAGAAAUAUUAAAGAUUUAUUUAGCUAUUUUAA